GGAUUGUGGGUCGGAGGAGGACCAGCGGGGCAUCAUCAGCACCGGCGGCCGGACCGGGACACCUGUGAGCGGAUCGACGCUGAGCCGGAGCCGCUGCGGAGCGACAUGCGACACGGAGACGUGAUGAGCCGCGCGGAGGACGUGGCGGACCAGUUCCUGCGGGUCACCAAACACUACCUGCCCCACGUGGCCCGGCUCUGUCUGGUCAGCACCUUCCUGGAGGACGGAGUCCGGAUGUGGUUCCAGUGGGCGGAGCAGAGCGAGUACAUCGACACCACCUGGAGCUGCGGACGCUUCCUCGCUAACGUGUUUGUGUUCAUCAACCUGCUGGGGCAGCUGGGUGGUUGUGUGUUGAUCCUCAGCAGGAACUUUGUUCAGUACGCCUGCUGUGGUCUGUUCGCCGUCAUCGCUCUGCAGGUAACCAGCACUGACUACUAGUAACUAGCGCCAACUA